CGACAAUCCGGCAACCUCAACAACUACAAUUCAAAUCUUACUUCUACUUGAGCUUUCAGCGAUGCUUGCGUAGGACAUAUUCACUUAUAAUCCUUCCCGUCCGACUCGCUCCUCCAUUGUCCCAGAACUCACUCAUCCGAUCCGCACCCAUGGCGACCAAGACCUUGGAGGCUCGCUUCGAGCACCUCUCUGUGAAGGACGAUGCUGCGAGUGGAAAUAAGAAUGGCUACUCUAAGCAUAAGAGCUCCCUUUCAACUGCUGUGUCCCUAUCGGGUCUUGGGGUCACGGGUCAGCUAACUAGCGGCGCCAAUCGGUCAAAUCUGCUCAAGCUGGCCUUGCAGAACACAAACGACAAUAAGGUCAACGCUAGGAAUGCUCUCCAUUCACCGGGAAAAGGCACCCAGAACCCGUCCUCGCUCCGCAACCUAGAUGAGAAUGGAGAAGAGCGACAGCUUCACGAGCAGCAAGCACCCAAAGCGCUGCACCUUGGAAUGUUCGAGAUCGGAAAGCCUCUAGGAAAGGGUAAAUUUGGUCGGGUAUAUCUCGCUAAGGAGCGUUCGUCCGGUUUUGUAUGUGCGCUCAAAGUCCUGCACAAGUCCGAGCUGCAGCAAGGUGGUGUGCAGAAGCAAGUCAGACGGGAGAUCGAGAUCCAAAGCAACCUCCGCCACCCGAAUGUCCUCAGGCUCUACGGCCACUUCCAGGACAGCAAGCGAAUCUUUCUAAUCUUAGAAUUCGCCGGUCGAGGAGAGUUGUACAAGCACCUGCGAAAGGAGCACCGGUUCCCCGAGUGGAAGGCUGCUCAGUACAUUGCGCAGAUGACUUCUGCGCUGAAAUAUCUGCACAAGAAACACGUCAUGCAUCGUGAUAUAAAACCAGAGAAUAUCUUGGUCGGAAUCCAUGGAGAGAUCAAGAUCAGCGAUUUUGGCUGGAGUGUCCAUGCUCCCAACAACCGACGACAGACCAUGUGUGGAACGCUCGACUACUUGCCUCCAGAGAUGCUCAAGCCUGGCUCGCAGGACAAUUUCUACAAUGAAAAGGUCGACUUGUGGAGUCUUGGUGUUUUGACCUACGAAUUUCUUGUCGGCGAAGCGCCGUUCGAGGAUACCCCCGUCAUGACGCAGAGGAGGAUCGCCAAAGGGGACAUGUCGGUCCCUUCAUUUGUGAGCCCCGAGGCUAAAGACCUGAUCAAGAGGCUGCUCGUGCUCGACCCCGAGAAGCGGAUCACCCUUGAUGAGAUCCAGAAGCAUCCCUGGAUCCUGAAACACUGCGCCAAGGAUGAUCGAGUCAUUAAACGGAGUUCCGGUUCGUCAAAGGAAGGCAAAGCCUAACGUGCAUCUCUAUACAUAGCCAGGGGUUUUGGUGUUACGUCUUUGGGUUCAAUCUGCUUUAUGGAGUUCAGUUGAGGAGUCGAACUGGUGUUUAUUUGUUUAUUAGCCAUAAGUCUUGUUCUUUUUCAGAAUACGCCGCUUGGGAUACAGAAUCUGGCAUGAUAUCAGCGUCCCGCAUAUGAUACAUUAUAGUACAAUGAACAGUCCUUCUACGCCCCACUUGCAAAACGCAAAAAAAAUAGGAAAAAAGUUUAUCGAGAGGGGAAGAGACUCUUAUCGAUAGAUUUCGUCAAACGGCCGCGUGUCUCUAAAGCAGCUGUCCCAGACUUCAUUGACAACCCUUUCAGCGUGUGCUUUGUCUUGGCACCCUGGUCGAGCUUGUACUGACAGGAUGGCCCUUCGUCGGACACAUUCUUGGUGUUGCUGCUAUCCCGAAGGAAGCGGCAUAUGAUACUUUCUUACCUCCGAGCAGGCCGCAUGUCUGAGGUUAUCGUUCCAGUUGACCUUGAACCUUAAGUGAUCGUAGGCAUGGACCAUUUCGUGUGCCAAAGUAUCCUCCAGAUGUCCUUGAUCCUUCAUUUCAUUCGCACAGAGUAGAAUUCCGUAUUCCGGAUCAAAGCCUCCUGCUUUUCUAUUCGUGCACCGACGGCAGUAUAUAUUAUGGCCCGAUAAAUCGCCUCCCAGCUGUCGAAUAUUGUCACUCAGGUAACGGAUGACGGGGCCUUGAAGGAAGC